AGCAGAUUGUAGGCAAAUCCACAUAGCAAACCACCUGCUGCUGAGGCCCCGUGAGGAACUUAGUAUAAAGAUGUCCAAGAAGAAAAUAACUGCGGGACUGGCAGCGCUGCUGCUGGGAUCUGCAGUUACUUUUGUGGGUGUCUACUUCGGUGUGGGGAGAAGGGAGGCCGCACAUGAGAGGUGGUACUCUAAGGCAGCAGUGGCAGCAGAUGCUGGACCAUGCUCAGAGAUCGGCAGAGACAUGCUGAUGAAAGGGGGGUCUGCUGUAGAUGCUGCCAUAGCUGCUUUAUUGUGUAUUGGACUGAUGAACGCUCACAGCACAGGCAUAGGAGGAGGGCUUUUCUUCACCAUCUACAAUGCAACAACCGGGAGAACCGAGACCAUUGAUGCCAGGGAGAUAGCACCCCACAAUGCAACACAAAACAUGUUCGGGAACAGCACAGAUCUAUCCCAGCAAGGAGGGCUGUCAAUUGCUGUGCCAGGGGAGAUUCGAGGUUAUCAGAUGGCACACCAGCGACAUGGAAAACUGCCUUGGAGAGACUUGUUUGUGCCAAGCAUUAAACUUGCAGAGGAAGGAUUUCCUAUGGGUAGUGCACUUGCCUCAGCUGUGUCCAAAAACAAGGAAAAAAUCAUGAAGGACCCAGCCUUGUGUGAAGUUUUUUGCAACAAAAAUCAUGACAUCCUCAAAGAAAAGGAAACUAUUAAAUUUACCAAGCUUGCAGCAACCUAUAGGAAAAUAGCCGAGGAGGGUCCUGAUGCUUUCUACAAGGGACAGUUGGCUCAGAACCUUGUGGCAGAAAUCCAGGCGGCAGGCGGUAUCAUCACAAUGGAGGAUCUGAAGGAUUAUGUGCCUGUCUUGGAUGAGAACCCUUUAAGGGUGAACGUGGGGGAGUACACCAUGGUUGUUCCCAAUGCCCCCGCUAGCGGCCCUGUGCUCUCGCUGAUAUUAAACAUCUUGAAUGGCUACAACUUCACCUCAGAUAGCACGGCAAGCACUGAGAAAAAGAUCCUAACCUACCAUCGCAUUGUGGAGGCCUUUCGUUUUGCUUACGCAAAGAGAACCUUGCUUGGAGAUCGGAUGUUUCUCAAUCUCACAGGUCUCAUCCAGAAUAUGACCUCACAGUCGUAUGCCAAUGCCCUCCGUGAAAAGAUUACCGAUGAAACCACACAUCACAUGAACUACUAUGAGCCAGAGUUUUAUCUGCCUGAAAACUACGGGACCUCACACCUCUCUGUGGUAGCUGAGGAUGGAAGCGCUGUGGCUGCAACCAGCACUAUCAACCAAUAUUUCGGCUCCAAAGUUAUGUCGAGAACAACAGGGAUAAUUCUCAACAACGAGAUGGACGACUUCAGCUCGCCAUUAAUCAAUAACAGCUACGGUGUGCCUCCUUCACCGAGCAACUUCAUAAGGCCAGGGAAACGACCAAUGUCUUCAAUGUGUCCAACGAUCCUUUUUGACAAAUACAACAAACUGAAGAUGGUGGUCGGAGCUUCAGGAGGAACAAAAAUCACCACCUCGGUCGCUCUGGUGAUUCUUAAUGCGCUGUUCUUCAACUAUGAUCUGGAAAAAGCUGUGUCAGAUCCAAGGAUCCACAACCAGCUGAGUCCCAACAUUACCGUAGCAGAGUUGGGUUUUAAGAAAAGCGUCCUGGAUGGUUUGAAGAGGAAGAACCACGAGACAGAAUUCCUCAACUCGAUGGGAGCCGUGGUGCAGGCGGUGCUUCGUCACGGUGACAAGCUGUACGCUCAGUCGGAUUCUCGCAAGGGGGGGUAUGCAGCAGGAUACUGAAGUCAUGAACACAUCUUAUAACGCAAAGUCAUUGUCGGUAGUGUGAACCUUGAGACUAGUGAGACUACCUGAGAGAUUAGAAAGUUAAUAAAGAUCCAGCAAAUGUAGGCACUUGUCUUGGGCACUGCUUGUUUUGUACUGCGUGUACAUAACAGCUAGUACCAACUGUACAAACCUGCAUUAGAGUAGCAGUUGUACUUUGAAUCGCAGUGCCUCAGCUGAUUCCUCAGAACUUCACAUCAUCGCUUGAUCUACUGAACACAAUGUAAAUUAUUGAAUGUUAUUUUAAAGUGCAGCUCAGCUGUUCUUCUUUUCUUUUUUUUUUUUGAAUAUGAAAAUAAAAGUAGCAGUAAAUUUAAAAAAGGGGAAAAAAAAGAAAAGAAACGCAGCCGAUGUACAUGAAUCUAUUUAUGAAGCACUAAUCGUUAGCUGUGUUAAGCUGUUUCCUGUUAUUGUUUUGAUGUGUCACAUCCAUAAAACUAUGAGAGUGAACUCAAAUGACCGAAAGCUGUAAUGAGGGGCUGCGACGCCUCAGGGUCAAACACUAUUUAAGAGCACACAGAAAACAAGUAGUAAUAUCCCAGAGUCCCAAGUUCAGUGAAUUUUAACAACCUCUUUAAAACAUUACAGCUGUUGCUGUCUGCUGUCACCUUCUCCUCAAGACUGUUGAAUUAUAGAUCCAUUUUUUUUUUUUGCUAUCAGUGACUGGCUCACGUGUAAUAGAAACAGUAUUUUAA